AUGUCUCAAGAUCAUUCCUAUCGUUGCCUCGAAGUGCCGGGCGACGCGCCCUUCGCAUUAGGUCCCUCGAAAGGAAAAGGAUGGGGUGCUUUUGCCACCAGACGAAUCGAGCGAGGAACCCUGAUCUUGAGGGAGAAGCCGCUCUUCGUUAUCCAAAAAGCCCAUGACGAAAUUACAGAGCAGGACAUCUGGACAGCCUUUCACCAGUUGCAGCCCAAAGAAAAAAAACAAUUUCUGUGCCUCCGCGACAACGAUUCCAGGCCUUUCUUACGUAUAAUCGACGCCUUCGCUGAAAACUCCUUCUCAAUAUCCGCGCACCCUCCAACGCGUGGUAUAUUCCUGCUUCAGUCACGUUUCGACCACUCGUGUAUACCCAACUCCAAGAUUCCGGCGACCGGUGGGCAGUCCAUUUCCAGGUUUGCGACCCGAACCAUUGACGCCGGCGAGGAGAUUACUUUCUGUUACCCUACGGCUUUCCACUGCAAGACCAGAGAUGAGCGCCAUCGAGAACUGCGCUUCAUAUGCCAUUGCAAAGCCUGUCUACCUGGCACCCCCUUCCAACAACUUAGCGACAUGCGCCGAACCCUCAUUAGAGGCUUACAGUACCUUACGCUUGGCCACGACUUCAAUGGACAGAGACAGACUUCUGCCUCCCCAAUCAUCUUCAACUCUGAAUUGAAGCAAGCUGCCGAGGACUUCAGCAUUCCUAUCUCUUCUAGGCUAAUCUACAACCUGCUAUUCAUGGUUCUCAUGGAAGAAGAGGGAUUGCUAGACGACUUUAUAAUCAGAAGAAUGACUCCAAGCAUACGGAUGACGACGACCAAGUUUCAAACAGAAAGCAACGUCAGAAUCGCCAGGCUCGCCAUGGCACAGGAGACUUGGCUUGGGAAGUUUUGCGUGGCUUUCAUGCUUCAUGGGCGGCGAGACGUGGCUGAUGAUGCCAUUGCUGAGCAGCUACGAAUGCUGCAUGGUUUGUCCGUUUAA